AUGUAGAGCAAAUAUUGCAAAUAAUCAAUUUAAUGCCUUUAAAUAACUUUAAUUUUGAAAGCGAAAUCUAAAUAUUUAAAAUUGAUAACAUUGAUAAUUAUAAGUAAAAACUCAAAGAAGAAGAUAAUAUUCAAAAUAAAAAUAACCAGAUUUUAGAUAAUUUAAUAAAACAACUCUCUUUUUGCAAUGAAUAACUAAUAGAAUUAAUCAAUUAAAAUAAAUGGUAAUUACAUGAUUUCUUGUUAAAUCUCAAAAAAUUUAAAAAUCAAAUUGAUUCUUCUAAAUUAUAGGAAAAUAUGCCUUUAAAUAUUAAUAAAUCUUAAUAAUAAAUUGAGGCGAAUAUCUUUUAAUUGA